CCGCUGUUGUUAGAGUGGGGUGGGGGUGGGGGUGGGGGUGUCCCCAUCAACACGCAUUAACUCUAUUUCUCUUAUUCUCCAACAGUUUUUGACUUCCCCCCUUCACUUCCACACCUUCAUUCCUCUUUCUCUCUUCACUUUGAUCGGGUUUUGUGCACCAGUUGUUGGAAAUAUGAGUGACAAUUUGAUGGAUAAAGUCAGCGCUUUUGGCGAGCGCUUGAAGAUUGGAGGUUCUGAGGUAGGGCAAAAGAUUACCGCUGGUAUGAGCUCAAUGAGUUUCAAAAUGAAGGAAUUUUUCCAAGGCCCAAAUCAGGCUGACAAGCUUGUUGAGGAAGCCACAGCUGAAACUCUCGACGAGCCUGAUUGGGCCACAAAUCUCCAACUUUGCGACAUGAUCAACCAUGACAGAAUCAACAGUAUCGAAUUGAUUAGGGCAGUAAAAAAACGAAUCGUGCUGAAAAGCCCUCGGAUUCAGUACUUGGCUCUAGUGUUGCUUGAAACUGUUGUGAAGAAUUGCGACAAGGCAUUCUCAGAAGUCGCAGCAGAGAGAGUACUGGAUGAGAUGGUGAAGCUGAUAGAUGACCCGCAGACUGUGGUCAAUAAUCGGAAUAAGGCUCUGAUGUUGAUUGAAUCAUGGGGAGAGUCCUCAAAUGAGCUGCGAUACCUGCCUGUUUAUGAAGAGACAUAUAAGAGUUUGAAAUCAAGAGGAGUACGGUUCCCUGGUCGUGACAAUGAGAGUCUAGCUCCAAUAUUUACCCCUGCAAGAUCUGUAGCAGCUCCAGAAUCGAAUGACACGCAUGGACAACAACUCCAUUACGAUAUACCUGUGCAAAGCUUUUCAGCUGAACAAACAAAGGAAGCAUUUGAUGUAGCAAGAAACAGUGUUGAACUACUGAGCACUGUUUUAUCGUCUUCCCCACAGCAAGAUGCUCUCCAGGAUGACCUGACCAUCACGCUUUUUCAACAAUGUCGAGAGUCCCAAUACACUGUUCAGAGGAUCAUUGAAACAGCUGGAGAUAAUGAGGCCCUGCUCUUUGAAGCACUGAAUGUGAAUGAUGAGAUACAAAAAGUUAUAUCAAAAUAUGAAGACAUGAGAAAACCUACGGUGGUGCCACAGCAGCCAGAGCCGGCUCUGAUACCUGUUGCUGUGGAGCCUGAUGAUUCACCUCGAGCUGGGAAAGAAGAAUCUCUGAUCAGAAAACCAUCAGGUGGUAGGAGUAGAAGCCAUGGGGGGAACAAUGAUGAAAUGAUGGACGACCUGGAUGAGAUGAUCUUUGGUAAGAAAGGUGGUGGAACGUCAGAAUCGGGGCAAGAUGCAAAGAAACAGCAGCCAACCAAAGAUGAUCUCAUCUCCUUUUGAGUAGAUUAGCUUGACAUUUUUUUAUGUCAGGCCAGUGUUGAUAUAUUUACUUGUGAUUCUAAUUAAAUGAUCAUCAACCCUACCAGGGAACCACUUUGGUCUUUUUUUGUUCUGUUUCAUUUGGAGAUUGAUGUAUGUGGGCGCACAUUUGUGCUUGAUAUUGGUUUGGUAGUGGAACUACAGUCGAAAAAUUACCUGCCUUGGUGCAACAUGUUUGUUGAGUUUACAGUGAUGUAUGUUGUGAAUUAUGACAUGGAUGUCUGUUUAAUGGUCUGAAGAUUGAAACUA